AUGAUGUAUGAAGUUUUUCUCAAGUCCACUCAAGGAUUGGUGCAUGCUAGUUUUGGAAUGAUAUUACCGUCUCCUUCGCAUUCAAAUCCAGAAAUAUGCGGAAGUUUUCACCUUUCGGACACCCCAAAUCGCGCCGAUGCUUCUUGGGUCGACGAUUACCAUUUCGGCAUGUCGAUGUCGAUGGAGGGAAAUUCUUCGUAUUCUCGUCAAGCCUACACCUCUCAUAGUCACAGGGGCACAUCUCAUUUGGAUACAUCUGCAACUCGAAGUAGUUCUUUCGGGUAUUUUAACGUUCUAGAUAUCGGAGCUCCUGAAGAAAGAAAGUGUUACCAGGUUUCAGAGCAAUUGAAGUGUUCAGAUUCGAAGGAUAACAAAAUAGAUUUCGUUUGUGGUGAACAACGUUUGAGAGCAUGGAUUGUGAACACGAUUUUGGAACCGCUCGAUCGGCGCAUUAAGGAAACUAAUUCAAAGCUUGAAAAGGAGCAUAGUAGCCCCCCUUUGCGAAUUGGUGUUUCAUCGGUUGAGACGUUACAAGCAGCUUUAGUAAGUCGUCCAGAACUCUUGGAUACAAUGCUUCCGUAUAUUCUUCCUUUUCUUUCCGUUCACAAUAACCAGAGUUAUUUGGUUGGACGUAUUUCUGAACUUGCCUCUGACAAGUUAAUAAUGGAAUACGUUUGGAAUGGUGGUGGUAAGGAGCCUGUACAGGAAAAAGUUGCGACAUCUUAUCGAGUUGCUCGUCGUCCUUGGGGUGAACACCUUCCGACUGAUGCUAUGCUUGUAUUCUCUCUCUUCUCAGCGUACAUGGACACUCAGUUGACGUCUAAUCCAUUAGUUGGAACAUGCAGACUUGCGCAACCUUUCUCUGCUUUGUAUACAUUAAAAGCUCCUCAGAGACCCAACGCAGUGCAUUUGGCUGCGGAGAGUUUUUAUUUACAUGUGAGUACCAUUUAUCCUCCGCAUGUUGACUUCGUCUUCAAUGAUGCCGAUGGGUCUCCGUCCCGCCCUGCGAUACCACGAGGAGCGAGGAAUUUGUUUGCGGCUAUUUUAUCAUUCAUCAGCCAUGCGAAAACGAAUAACGGUGGACGGUUGGAUCGAAUGAGCAUUGGGCCGACUGGGCUAAAUAUUGCCUGCAUCCUCGAAUAG